GUCAAGCCAAAAGUGGCUUCCAUGGAGGAGAUGGCAAGCUUCCACACAGACGCUUACCUGCAGCACCUACAGAAGGUCAGUGAGGAGGGAGAUGAUGACCAUCCAGAGUCCGUGGAGUAUGGGCUUGGUUAUGACUGUCCAGCUACAGAAGGGAUCUUUGACUAUGCAGCAGCUGUGGGAGGAGCCACCAUCACUGCAGCCCAGUGUCUGCUGGACGGCAAGUGCAAGGUAGCAAUUAACUGGCCUGGAGGGUGGCAUCAUGCAAAGAAAGACGAAGCUUCUGGCUUCUGUUACCUGAACGAUGCUGUCUUGGGGAUCCUGCGGCUGCGCCAGAAGUUUGACCGCAUCCUUUAUAUCGACUUGGAUUUGCAUCAUGGGGAUGGUGUUGAAGAUGCCUUUAGUUUCACCUCGAAAGUCAUGACUGUUUCUCUGCACAAGUUUUCACCAGGAUUCUUCCCAGGCACUGGUGACGUGACAGAUGUUGGCCUGGGGAAAGGUCGCUAUUACAGCGUGAACGUGCCUAUUCAAGAUGGCAUUCAGGAUGAGAAGUAUUACCAGAUCUGUGAAACUGUGCUGAAGGAGGUGUAUGCUGCAUUCAAUCCAGAUGCAGUUGUGCUGCAGCUAGGGGCAGACAUAAUAGCUGGAGAUCCGAUGUGCUCUUUUAACAUGACGCCCGAGGGAGUGGGCAAGUGCCUGAAGUAUGUUCUGCAGUGGCAACUGGCAACUCUCAUCCUGGGAGGAGGAGGCUAUAACCUUGCCAACACAGCUCGUUGCUGGACAUACUUGACUGGGGUCAUCCUUGGGAGAACGCUGUCCUCUGAGAUCCCCGAUCAUGAGUUUUUCACAGAGUACGGUCCUGAUUACGUGCUGGAGAUCACACCAAGCUGCAGACCAGACCGCAAUGAGCCACAGAGAAUUCAAGAAAUCCUCAACUCCAUCAAAGGGAAUCUGAAGCAUGUUGUUUAGCGGAAAAGGAAGGCUCAAGCACCCACAAGAGUGUUUCCCACGUUGAAGACGGCAAGUUUAUGUGAGCGGAUGGUGGAAUGUGUGGCUGCAGGGGAAAUCUGGCAGAAAUAUUCUUGGUUGGUCGGUCAGUUGAUUUGUUUCUCUUUAAAAAAGAAAAGUUGCCGAAGCGUCACGAGCGCCACGGCCCUCCCUGGGCAGGAGCGCAUGGGCCUCGCGGCUCCAGCUUUCCCAUGCUGACAGAGCCUCCCUUGCUCCCUUCUCUUGUCCUUUUUUAACAACACAAGAGUUGAUUCUCUGCUGGUUCUCAGCUGGUUUUAAUGGUUUUUAAGAGAGGGGCUGCUCAGAGCUGCGAACCUUCCGCAAUUGGGCACCGGCACCAGCACCAGCUUUUACCAUGUUGCCUUCCUGGCAGGACCACGGCCUUCACGUGCAGCCUCUGAGAUGCCCGCCCAGACAGAGGUGCUGAGGGCCAGCCAGGGCCCAGGACACUGGCUGUGCCUGUUACCCACAGAAAAAUCACAGCCAUUAGGUUUUUAAACGGUUGGGCAUUUUUAUAAAUAAAGUACUUAAAAUAC